ACGCCCCACCGCCUCCCACAACGGACAAAAAUUUCAUACGGAAGACGACUAUAAAAGGAGCUUUCCCCAGUGUUUUCGGAGCUAGCUCUCUCCCCAAAUUCCAAACGAUCCAAAUUCCCCAUCGCCAUGGAGGACUCAUCACUUUUCCACCGCGACUCCGCCAUGGCGCGGGGUUACGACCUCGGCUCCUGCGUCUUCUCCGGCUCCGUCUUCAUACACUUCGAUCUUCUCCGAUCGAGCGUCACCCGAUGCCUCAACCUCGACGCCCUCGACCUCGUCAUCGACUCCGCCUCGAUCUCCUUCUCCGUAGCUCCAUCGCCGGUGAGCUUCUUUCGUCCUGUCGACGUCGAACUUGAGGUGAGAAGGCGAUCGGGUCUUAGAGUGGGGUUCUUGGAUCGGAUCGCACGAGGGGGUCUUUUAUUGGAGGUUUUCUUGCGUCUUUCCACCUCUUAGAGGAUUAAUCUUUUGUCAUCCCUGAAUCUUUGUCUCUUAUGUUAGGAUGAUGGUGAUCGAUUAAACAUUGUCUUUGUUAAUCUUUGAGCCUUGAUCUUUCUAAUUGUAGUGCGGUGAUGAUCGAGGCGGCCGAAGCUGGGAGGUGCUUCCGUUGAUCGGAUUAACUGCUCUUGCGUUCCCGUUUCUUGACCUCUUUUCAUGAUCUAUGUAUUUAUAUUUGUGUUGGAUAAUUCGAUAUUCUUUACUCUUUCUUACCGUUAUGUAGACGAUCUUUGAAACAGAUGGAGUAUACUAGUCCGUGAUUAAGGUUUUAUGGAAACAGUAAAAUAGAGUAUAAAUGGUUGAAGAUUACAAUAAUUAUGCUUGUUGCUUAUUGAUCACAAAUGUCAAAAAGAACUAUCUAGGGAAACACCCAAAAGAUUCUGUAACAAUCGGCCCUUAACGACUCAUCCACUUUAUUGAUAUUAGAUGUAUGUGAAAGCUUUCUAGGUUUGAUAUGGCAUUGAAUCUAAAUUAUAACUAGUUUUUCAAAUGAAUAAUGCUAUGCUAUGACCAUUUUACAAAUUUUCUACAAACUGAUAAGUUUGAAUGCCUGGAUUUAGUUAUGACUUCUGCAAUUUGUGAACAUCCACCUAUUAGAUGUAAUCACCUAGGUAAGUUUGUGGAAAGUUUAUAAAAUUGUUUGUUAACAUAACAUUACUCUCUAUCAAAUGGAAUCAUGGUCAGCUCCUCCACCCUAGCAACCUGGUACUGCUCCUUCACGUUAGCUAGCUCAUACUCAAUUUGGAGGAUGAUAUCUUGAUCUUCGAGGAGCCUUUAUCCUUGGAAUUGGGGAUUUUAGGAUCAGGUUCUUGAGUGUCCUCAACUACCUCAUGAGGUGCUUCUUUUGAGCACGUUGGGUAUGAAAGAACAUGGCAGUGGCAUAGUUCGUGGCGGCGAAAGCAAAGAGGUGCUUUCCUUUCUGGGAUUAACCUGCUAUCUAGGGUACAGGAGGACAUGGGGAUGGUGCAGUUCGCGGCGGUCGAAGCAACGAGGUCUCGUCAGGGCAAACUACAAGUUUGAAAUCACGACAGUAUAUUUGGAGAAGAAUGCAUUUCAGCUCUCUUAACCAGUUGCACUUGGGACGUGUGGGGACUAUAGAAACAUCAAAAUCCAGAGGGAGCCUCUGCAAAAAAUUUCUCCAAUGUUAUGUUUGGCAAUUCAUGUGUUCAUGUUCAGCAGUAUCUGAGGUGGUAUACAGAAGAUCUUUAAUCAGCUAGAUGUAUGAUCCUCAUUUGAACAUAAGGAAGCAAGUUUUUGAAGUUGGGUUUCACAGUUGUUCUGCCUUCAUGAAAGCAAGCAAAUGACGGAUGUGGAAUUAGAAAGUCCCCUCCUACCAUGCAUUCUCGAUCUAUUUUUUUUCGGCCUUUUUCUCUUGGCUCUCCCUGGUGAGGGUUAAUUGCCAAAUAACCUCGGACAGAUGGGGAUAUCACUUUUGGCUAGUCCGCUCAGUUCCUUGAUGAUGAUGAUAAGGCUAAUGAAGUUGAAUUCUUCUUCCACUGAAUAAUGCCUUCUAUUGAGAGGGUUGUUGUGAGAUAGGCAAUAGAACGAGCCCGUGUUAUCACGGUGCGGGCCUGGAACACAAUUGCAGGCCUCAAACGCAAGUGCUGGCCUCGAACACAAUGCAAGUGAGGGAUAAUUUAGCCUAGUUCUAGGCCAACUAGAACCAAGAGGUGUUUCUUUACACUGGUUUGUGUGCGAUGCGUGCGACUGCUGGAACGUCUGUACAUGUCGUCAAGGCCAACAAAGUCGAGCCAUUUUACGAGUUGGGCGGAGAGGAGAUGAACUCGGAGUGCUUGGAGACAGGGGUGGCGAACAGUAACUCUGCGGUGGAGAUGAGCUACUUAAGCCUGAUCUCGUCCCAUCAUCAUCGUCAUCAUCAUCAUCAUCGCCAAACUCCUUUCCUCCAGUUGCUACUCCGAGGAGCAAUGGGAGUAGAGACAGCGGGGGAGGAUGAAGAAGAAGAAGAAGAAGAAGAAGAAGAAGAAGAAGAAGAAGAAGAACGGCUCCAUUCCCAAUCUCUCUUACCCUCCUAUCCUUCCGAAUCCCAAUUCCAGCUCCUCCAACUACAAAGCAACUGCGGCAAGCGGGAUCGGACGGCUGAGAUUGAUGUCUUUUCUGCCGCCGCAGCCCCCGUGCCGGUGGAGCAGCUCGAGAGCUGCAUCUCCCACGCGUCGGAGUCGCAAUCCGAUGUCAGAAGGCUCGGCCACGACCAUAACGAGAAAAAAGUGGAAAUAAUUAUGGCGACGGCGGCAGCGCCGCGGGCCAAGAAGAAGAGGAAGAGGGCGCGGGCUUCGGGGUCUGCGAAGAAGCCGGAGGAGGUGGAGACCCAGCGGUUGACCCACAUUGCGGUGGAGCGCAACCGCCGCCGUCUCAUGAACGACCACCUCGCCGCCCUGCGCUCUCUCAUCCCGCCUUCCUUCGUCCAACGGGGGGACCAGGCCUCCAUUAUUGGUGGGGCCAUCGACUUCGUGAAAGAGCUGGAGCAGCUCCUCCUCUCACUCCGAGCCCAGAAGCGGAUCCGUACCUCGGCCGCGAGCUCUUUCCGGUGCACCGCAUCCGACGAGGCUCACGACCCAACCCAGGAAGGCGCCGUGCUCGAUGGGUUCUUCUUCUCGCCGCAGUAUACGACCUACUCGCAGCAGCAGCGGCGGCGGCUACAGCAGGAGGGGGAGGAGAAAAUGGCGGCGGCGGUGUUUGGGGUGGACGUGGAGGCGAAGGUGGUGCAAGGGCACGUGAGCCUGAAGGUGGCUGGGCCGCGGCGGGCGGGGCAGUUGGCGAGGGCCAUCGCCGCCGUGGAGGAGCUCCGCCUCUCCGUCCUGCACCUCAACAUCGCCUCCCUCGACGAAUCCUCCGUCCUCUACUCCCUCAACCUCAAGAUGGAAGAGGACUGCAGGCUCGGCUCCGCCGACGAGGUGGCAGCCGCUGUGCACCAGAUCUUCACCUGCAUCAACGCUGGCUGCUGAACGAUUCUUUCUUAUCCUGUCAUCUCACGUCUCUUUCCUUCUUUCCCUCCCCGACACGUGGAGCAGAGAGAGACAGAGAGAGAGAGAGAGAGAGAGAGAGAGAGAGAGAGAGAGAGUAGAGGAGGACGAUGGCGUAUAUAUAUGCGUAGACUUUGAAGAAGGGGGUUGAGGUGGUCCAUGGCUACAGUAGUGUGCUGGUGAAAAUUGUGUGAUGUGGGGAGGCUUCGACGCAGUGGUAGCCAGAGCUGCAGCAAAAAGCUUUUGGGAGCAGUGAAGCCGAUUUUUGUACUCUCGCUCCCUCUCUCUCUCUCUCUCUCUCUCUUCUCUCCUCCUCUCUCUCUCUUACGGAUAUAUUUUGCUCUGGUGGAUUCCAACUCGCCUAACUUUUUCUUUGGAAGCGUUGCAGCGCAGUUCUCGAGUUUAGGGAUCGCGAUGCGUUGAAAUUCGACGCCCAUGAUUGCAUA